AUGCGGCUGUGGUUCCACAUGUUCGGGCCGGCGGUGGGGUCGCUGCGCGUGCUGCUGCGCCGCUUCUUCCACGAGGGCCCGGGGCCCGCCACCUCCACGCUGUGGGAGCUGUCCGGCAACGCGGGCAACGCCUGGUUCAUGGGCGAGCUCACCGUCUCCUCGCUCAACGACUACCAGGUGCUGCUGGAGGCGACGGUGGGCAACACGGGUAUGAGCGACAUCGCAGUGGACGACCUCUCCUUCACGCAGGGGCCCUGCCCAGCGGCGCCGCAGGUGGCCGCGCCGGACGCCGGCGACUGCACCUUCGAGAUCGACGAGUGCGGCUGGGCGUCGUCGGGCAACCGCCAGGGCGUGGAGUGGGAGCGCGCGCCCACCCGCAGCCUGGACGCGCGCUUCCGCCGCCGGCCGCGGCCCUCGCCGCACGCCGCCGCCCACCGCCGUGACGGUAAGCAGUCCACGGCCUGGACCAAGGUUUUACGAGACAACAGAAAUACGUUAACUACAAAGACGUUGAUCGGCGACCUGAUCGCGCUCUUUCCAGAGUACUUCCUGAGCCUGGGCCGCAGGCCGCUGCAGUCCGCCGGCAGCGUCACGCAGUUCACGUCGCGCGAGUUCCCGGGCUCGCAGCAGCCGCGCUGCCUCACGUUCUGGUGA